AUACCCACUAAAUCAAUACAAGACCAACUCGAAGUUAGCAUUCAAAUUUUCUAAAAUAAAAGUGGUAGAGCACUUGAUUAAGGUAACACAAGAAAACAUAAAGAAUCGUGCGAAAACGCCGAGGAGUGAGAACAGAUAACCAUUAACAUGGAUGCUAGCUCAGUUGCUUCCGAUCUCAUUAAUUUUUUGAAUGCUUCUCCAACUGCUUUCCAUGCCGUUGAUGAAGCUAAGAGACGUUUGAAGGAAUCUGGGUAUGAACAGCUUUCUGAGAGACAAGAUUGGAGUUUGGAAGCUGGGAAAAAGUAUUUCUUCACUAGGAAUUAUUCUACCAUUGUUGCUUUUGCGAUUGGUAAAAAAUAUGUUGCUGGUAAUGGAUUUCAUAUAGUUGGCGCUCAUACCGACAGUCCUUGCCUGAAAUUGAAGCCGGUAUCAAAGGUAAGUAAAGCAGGAUAUCUGGAGGUUGGUGUCCAAACAUACGGAGGGGGAUUGUGGCAUACAUGGUUUGACCGGGAUUUGUCUGUGGCUGGACGUGUGGUGAUCAAACAACAAAUAGAUGGUUCUACUUCUUAUUCUCACCGGCUUGUCAGGAUUCAAAGUCCUAUUAUGCGAAUUCCUACUUUAGCAAUUCAUUUGGACAGGGGUGUCAAUGAUGGGUUUAAGCCAAAUACACAAAGUCAUCUUGCUCCCAUCUUGGCGACAUCGGUUAAGGAAGAGCUCAAUAAAGUUGAUGAAAAUGACUCUGUUGCAAAUGGCGCUCAAACUGAGACAAGAAAAUGUAAUGAUGACUCGAAGACCAAGAACCAGAAACAUCAUUCUCUUUUGCUGAAGUUACUAGCAGAGGAAAUCGGCUGUGAACCAGAUGAUAUUUGUGAUUUUGAGUUGCAAGCAUGUGAUACUCAACCAAGCAUUAUAGCUGGUGCUCUGAAGGAGUUUGUUUUCUCUGGAAGACUUGAUAAUCUGUGCAUGUCAUUUUGUUCUUUAAAGGCAUUAAUAGAUGCGACAUCCCAUGAGGGUAGUCUUGAUGAUGAAGUUGGUGUUAGAAUGGUGGCACUUUUUGAUCAUGAAGAAGUUGGAUCAAAUUCAGCUCAAGGAGCUGGGUCUCCUGUCAUGUUAGAUGCCAUCUCCAGAGUCACCCAUGCCUUCUGCUCUAACGUUAAGAUGCUUGAAAAGGUUGUGCAGAAAAGUUUCCUUGUUUCAGCCGAUAUGGCUCAUGCGCUGCACCCUAACUACACGGACAAGCAUGAGGAGAAUCACCAGCCCAAAAUGCAUGGGGGAUUGGUUAUCAAACAUAAUGCAAAUCAACGUUAUGCAACAAAUGCUGUAACCUCUUUUGUUUUCAGGGAGAUGGCUAAUAAACACCAACUUCCUAUUCAGGAUUUUGUGACGCGAAACGACAUGCCUUGCGGUUCCACAAUUGGUCCCAUCCUGGCUAGCGGUGUAGGAAUUCGCACAGUUGAUGUUGGUGCACCACAACUAUCAAUGCAUAGCAUUAGAGAAAUGUGUGCUGUUGAUGAUGUACUGCACGCUUAUAUGCAUUUCAAAGUCUUCUUCACAGAAUUCUCCGAGCUCGACUCAAAGAUAAUUGUUGAUGCAUAAGAAUUCAACCUCUUGGUAAACACAGUACUAUGUUGCUCCAUAAGAUGGGUUGGCGAUUGCUCCCUGGGAUUUGGUGGUGAAUUUCAAGUCUCCAUGCUCGAGUACUUCAGUGUUUUCUCUUAGUUCGUUGAUCAAUAAGCGCACCGAUGGUUGAUGUUUAAACUAUGUUAUUUUGCGCUUUUCUUGAACCGUGCUUGCUUCAGGCAUCAAUGUAAUAGAAUAGUUAUCGUCAACAUUGUGCUCUUAACUGAUGUCUUGAUGUCUAUUUGUGCCUAUUGUUCUUGGGUUGAUCAGCUAGAAGCACACAGUCACAGAUAUUAGCAUUCGAGUAUGAAAUUUGAUAAACUUAGUGAAUUGUGAUAACCCUUCAUUGCUA